CAAUCCAUUCUGUCCUUCUUACUAAGUGUAGUUUUUCAUGUUAAAUGUUACUGGAGUUCUCCUUUAAUUUAUUUUUCCAGCCUUCAUCUGCAUGUCAUUUUUUGUCUUGUUUAUCUAAACCAAUUGCUUCUGAGAUACUUUUUAAGAAUAAAAAAUAUUUAGCUAGAGAUGCUUAAAAUGUUUACAUACAGUAACUAUUAACCAGGUGUAUUCACACUAACAUGUAGCGAUUUAUGUUUGAGAUCAUUUUAAAAAUGUGAGUGGGAGAGGGGGAAGGAAAGACAUGCAGCGUCCUUAUGUGCAGAGUAAAUCUGUCAGAGGAAUUUACCGAUUGAAGUCCGGAGUCUUUUUAAAAAGUUAACUAUAUGUUAUUAGUCGAAAUAAGUAAAUGUAUUAACUUAUUUUUAAUCAAAAGCCAUACAAAAAUCUGAACGAGAUCGAAUAACUUGCAAGGUUAUAAAAUAGAAGUGAUGAUACAGAACUUAACGUAUACAGUAUUUAGAAAUUUAUUUAUCCCCCCUCCCCCCAAAAAAAUCCCAACCCCCAACUCCCACAACUUCACCUUCAGAACUGCAUUCAACUAUGGUGUGCGGCAAUACGCUCCUUCAGUAUUUGAGAAAUACACCACCAGCAUCACUCUGGGCAAAAAAGAAGUGAUCCUGCACUUAUACGACACUGCAGGGCAGGAGGAUUAUGAUCGCCUACGACCACUUUCAUACCAGAGUACCAAUGUGGUUUUAAUAUGCUAUGAUGUCAUGAACCCUACUAGCUUUGAUAAUGUAUUAAUUAAGUGGUCCCAUGAGGUGAACCAUUUCUGCCGUGGAAUCCCCAUAGUACUUGUGGGCUGCAAAACAGACCUUCGGAAGGACAAAGAACAUCUACGGAAACUCCGCUCAGCUCAGCAGGAGCCAAUCACUUAUACUCAGGGUGAAGAAGCUUGUCGCCGGAUGAACGCAGACAUUUACCUCGAGUGCUCUGCCAAGUUUCGUGAAAAUGUUGAGGAUGUUUUUAGAGAAACGGCUAACAUUGCACUGAAUGCUAUCAAAAAGGCAAAGCGUCAGACAAAAUCGAGGCCAUGUGCCAUAUUAUGAUGUUAUCUGGUAUUUUCAGACAACAGAACACAAAAGACUGUUCCUUCAGUAUUUUAAACCCUUCCCCCCUCACCUUUUAAAUUGACUGCUCCUGUCUCUUUACUUGGAAAUUAAUGAGAAAAUCAACUUGUUUUCAUGCUGUAAGUUCUCCUUCUUGUUACACCUUCUUUUCUGAAGGUUGAGCUUUUAGCUAACUGUGGAAUGAGUUCUUCUGUAUAUAGAUUCUGGAAGAAAUUUCCAGGGUGUUUCAAAUGUACUUGUUGAUGAGCAAUUAAGGUAAGGUAUGUAGGUCCAACUUCUUGCCAUUUUUAAAUACACAAGUUCUUGCUUGCUUUAAAAAAAAGCAACCAAACAAAAACAAACUAGAAAUAAUGGGUUGUAGCCAUAAAAGUUCUACUCUGCACAGACCUACUGAAACUAAUGGACCCAAGUUAGUCAUGUGAAUUAACUUCAAUAGAGCUACUCUGAGCAGGACUAACAUUGGCUACAACUCAGUCUCUGCUCUGAUAAAACAGCUGUAACAUUUGCAGAAGAAAACAGUUCAUUUUCUACCCUUUUUGUGGUGGCAACAUUAAAGGCACUGUGGUUUUUUCAGCGGCCACAACCUUACCUUGUGGCAUAUUGGAAACCCUUCAGAAGAAGCUGUAGCAAGAUUCCAGCUAUCAAAGAACCUAUGUCGCUAAGUAACAGAUUACUCAGGUCCAAUGAAUGCACUAGGACAGGUAUGGGGAUCCCGUGGCUCAUCCCAUAGGAUACUCUUGCAAUCCACCUUCUGUAAACCAUAAAUACCGAUUUUUGAAAUUG